AUGAGGGUGAAAGCUAAUGCUAAACUGAAAGCCAAUGAAGCCGCAAAUAAUUUUUUCCUGACUGAGAAAGAUGAGCAUGCCGACGAGGAUGCUGGUGACCGCGCUGGCGAUAAUGGCGAUGACUAUGCGAAUGAGAAUAUGACGGAUGCUCAGGCACGGGCUCCGACUCAUGAUACUAGACAAGCGCCACGAACGCGCCAGAUGCACUUACCCCCAGUUCCCAAUUUUGAGGGUGCGCCGGCGACUUACCUUCCUGUCUCCCUACGGACAGGUGGUGAGAAUGAACCGCCUGGCCCAUGGGCUGAAUGGCUUUGUAAUAUGGCACUCAGACAGAACACUCGCAAACUUAAGGGUGUUUGGUCCAAGGAAAGCGAUAUCAACAGCAUUUUCCAAACACUGGAGGUCUUUCGCGCUCAGAAGCGUUUGGAAGAUCGAUCGACCGAGACCGUGAUGCCCAUGACUGGUCUACAACGUGGUUCGGCAGCAGCACGAAUGCAAUCAGAGUUUCCCUCUGAUCACGAUGCCAGUGCGCAAAGCCUUGACGAGCUUCAUCACUUGAUGCACAUGGUUCUGCGUCCAAACAAGCCGGAGGAUUACUCUGAUGCGGGUUAA